UUACAAUCAUAUUUUAUAAGCUUCCCAUAAGAUAGAAAUAAAAUAGUAGCAGCUCCAACCAUUUCGAAUGUAUUAAUUAAUCUGGCAUGCGUAGCAAGUCUGCUUUCUUUUCUCCUACGCCCACUUCUCCUUUCAUCACGUAAUUUGGAAUGCGUAGAAGGCCAGUGUGCUUUGUUGUCUCCUGUAUAAAAAAACCACAGCUUAUUCGCAUCUCAUGGCGAAGUUUUUUCUCUGGAUGAGCGGAAAUAUUGCAUCAAAGUUCCGGGAAGUUGGAACACAGCCAAUUUGAGUGUAAGGAAAUAGUCUCAACCAGACAGCUUCCUGGGGAGUUGGUACGAGGAACAAGAAAGGUCAACGAGCUAAUAUGAGGCAAGAACAACUCAUCUUCAUUCCAGCACCUGGAGUCAGUCACCUGGUGUCGACCCUCGAAUUUGCGAAGCACCUGAUUGCUCGUGAUGAUCGAAUUUUGAUCACGAUCAUUUACAUGAAGUCCCCCUCCACUCCCCUUGCAGAAUUAUACACCAGAUCAAUCGCUGAUUCUCAGCCUCGAAUCCAACUCGUAUUUCUCCCCCGAGUAGAUCCACCUCCAUCAGAGCUAUUGAACUCACCUGAAAACUUUAUUUAUGCCUUCGUAGAAAAUCACGUACCCAAAAUCAAGGAGACUGUCAGAAAGAUUAUAUCUUCCAGCUCAAACUCGGAUUCAGCUCGAGUUGUGGCGUUGGUUCUUGAUUUUUUCUGCCUGUCCAUGAUAGAUGUGGGCACGGAGCUCGGGCUCCCUUCUUACUUGUUCUUAACCUUCAAUGCAGGAUUUCUUGGUUUUAUGCUCCAUCUCCCAACUCGCCAUAACCAAAUCAGCACCGAGUUUACUGACUCGGAUCCUGUUGUCAAUCCCGGGCUUGUCAAUGCAGUACCUCCAGGUGUUCUGCCCUCAUCGGUGUUCAACAGAGAUGGUGGCUACAGCACUUUCAUUAAGCUUGCUAAAAAGUUCAGAGAAACCAAGGGAAUCAUAGUAAACACGUUCACAGAGAUGGAGCAACGUGCUCUAGACUCGUUUUCCGAUGGCCAAACCCCUCCUGUGUACGCAGUUGGACCAGUGCUCGACCUGAAGGGGCCAGACCCAGGUUUGGAUCUGGCUCAUCGUGACAACAUCAUGAAAUGGCUUGAUGCUCAGCCUCCAUCAUCCGUCGUGUUUCUAUGCUUUGGAAGCAUGGGAAGCUUUGGUAGAACACAAGUGAAAGAGAUAGCUCUUGGGCUGGAGAGAAGUGGGCAUCGGUUCUUGUGGGCAUUACGGUCAGCCCUUUCAAAGGACACCAUGCCGAAAGGUUUCUUGGAACGUAUUAAUGGAAAAGGGAUGAUAUGUUAUGGGUGGGUUCCCCAGGUGGAGAUCCUAGCCCACAAAGCAAUAGGAGGGUUUGUAUCUCACUGCGGAUGGAACUCAAUAUUGGAGAGCUUGUGGCAUGGCGUGCCUAUUGUUACAUGGCCUUUAUAUGCAGAGCAGCAGUUCAAUGCAUUUUGGAUGGUGAGGGAGUUGGGAUUAGCGGUGGAGAUGAAGUUGGACUAUAGGAUUGGUGCUGAUCUGGUCAUGUCUGAUGAGAUUGAGAGAGGUAUAAGACGCGUAAUGGACAGUGAUAAUGAGGUUAGGAAUAAGGCGAAGGAGAUUGGAGAGAUGGCAAGAAAGGCUGUGAUCGAUGGUGGAUCUUCUUCCAUCUCUUUUGGACAUCUCAUCGAGCAUAUGGUAGGCAGCAGUGAUUAUAGACCAUAGAGCGUUGCAAUUUGGGUGAGUUUCAUUGUUGCUGAAGAUAAAAGAAGAAGAACUACAAUAUUCGUAAACUUGUUGAAUAUAAAAUUUUUUAGUUACAGUAAAAUUACUGUUU